AUGAUUAGAACAAGAUCAUUACUUAAGUCUACUAGUAAGUUAUCUACUAGAUUGGUAAGACUUAACAUUGCUGCUACUAAGAUUACCACUCCUUGUUAUACUACUCCAUUCAUUAGAUCCUUAGCUACCAAGGCAAAUACUUCAUCCGCUAAUUAUGUCAAGGUUUUUGAUCCAAAUCAAUCUAAAGUAUCUUUUGAUAAUUUAGAUACUUUUGCUAGAAGACAUAUUGGUCCAACUCCUUCAAAUGUUGAUAAAAUGUUAGAAACUUUAGGUUAUAAAGAUUUAGAUGAAUUCUUAGCUCAAGCUAUUCCAGAACAUAUCUUAAUCAAAAGAAAAUUAUCAAUUCAACCUGAAAAGGGAUUCACUGAAUCAGAAAUGUUACAACAUUUAGAAGAAAUUGCUAAUAAGAAUAAGAUUGUUAAAUCAUUUAUUGGUAAAGGUUAUGCUGGUACUCAUUUACCUCCAGUUAUUCAAAGAAAUUUAUUAGAAUCCCCUGAAUGGUAUACUUCUUAUACUCCUUAUCAACCAGAAAUUUCUCAAGGUAGAUUAGAAUCAUUAUUAAAUUAUCAAACCAUGGUUUCUUCAUUAACUGGUUUACCAAUGGCUAAUGCAUCUCUUUUAGAUGAAGGUACAGCUGCUGCUGAAGCAAUGUCUAUGUCAUUCCAUAAUACUAAAUCAAAGAAGAAGGUUUAUGUCGUUGACACCAAUAUUCAUCCUCAAACUAUUGAAGUUAUUAAAUCGAGAGCUGAAAAUAUCGGAGUUUCAAUUGUUGAACUUCCAUUAUCUACUCCAGCUGGUUUGGAAGAAUUAAAUAAAAUCAUUAAAACCGUUUGUGGUGCUCUUGUUCAAUAUCCAGGUACUGAUGGUUCCAUUCAUAAUUUCUCAAAAGUUGGUGAAAUCUUACAUUCUCAUAAAGCCCUCUUUGCUAUGGCUGCUGAUAUCUUAGCAUUAGCUGUCUUGAAAUCACCUGCUGAAUUUGGAGCUGAUAUUGCCUUGGGUACAACUCAAAGAUUUGGUGUUCCAUUUGGUUAUGGUGGUCCUCAUGCUGCCUAUUUUGCAACCAGUAUGAAAUAUUCUAGAAAAAUCCCCGGUAGAAUUGUCGGUGUUUCUAAGGAUAGAUUAGGUAAACCAGCCUUAAGAUUAGCGUUACAGACUAGAGAACAACAUAUUAAACGUGAAAAGGCUACCAGUAACAUUUGUACUGCUCAAGCUUUAUUAGCUAACAUUUCUGCUAAUUAUGCUGUUUAUCAUGGUCCUGAAGGUUUACAAAAUAUCGCAAAGAGAGUUUAUGGUUUUACUACUAUUUUAGCUAAUGAAAUUACCAAUAAUUCUGCUCAUGAUGUUGUUAAUGAUAAAUGGUUUGAUACUAUUACUGUGAAAUUAAACAAUGGUGUUGCCAGUGACGAAAUUUUGGGUAAUGCUUUAAACAAAUAUAAUAUCAAUUUAUUCAAGGUUGAUGAUUCUACUGUUUCAUUAACCCUCGAUGAAACUGUCACCAAGGAAGAUUUAAUCAAUUUAAUUGAAUUAUUCACCGGUAAACAAAUUGACUUAUCCAAUUUCACCGAAUUACCUUCAAUUCCAGAAGAAUUAAUCCGUUCAGAUGAUAUCUUACCUCAUCCAGUCUUCAACACCCAUCAUUCAGAAACCGCCAUGUUAAGAUAUUUACAUUUAUUACAAUCCAAAGAUUUAUCCCUUGCCAAUUCCAUGAUUCCUUUGGGAUCAUGUACUAUGAAACUUAAUGCCACUGUUGAAAUGCAAACCCUUUCCAUGCCAGGUUUUAACUCCAUCCAUCCCUUUGCUCCAUUAGAUCAAGCCCAAGGAUAUAAACAAAUCGUGGAAGAAUUCGAAAAGGAUUUAAGUGAUAUUACCGGAUUUGAUGCUACAACAUCCAUGCCAAAUUCUGGUGCACAAGGUGAAUAUACUGGAUUAUCAUUAAUUCGUGAAUAUCAUCGUUCUAGAGGUGAUUAUGAAUCGAGAAACAUCUGUCUUAUCCCAGUGAGUGCUCAUGGUACAAAUCCUGCUUCUGCUGCUAUGUGUGGAUUAAAAGUCGUUCCUGUCAAAUGUUUAGAUGAUGGUUCUAUUGAUUUGGUAGAUUUGAAAGAAAAAGCCACAACUCAUGCCCAAAACCUUUGUUCUAUCAUGAUUACCUAUCCUUCCACCUAUGGAUUAUUCGAACCUGGUGUUAAAGAUGCUAUUGAUAUUGUUCAUGCCAAUGGUGGGUUAGUUUAUCUCGAUGGUGCCAAUAUGAAUGCACAAGUUGGUCUCACCUCUCCUGGUGAUUUAGGUGCCGAUGUCUGUCAUCUCAACAUUCAUAAAACCUUCGCAUUAUCCCAUGGUGGUGGUGGACCUGGUCAAGCUCCAGUAUGUGUUAAAGAACAUCUUAUACCAUUCUUACCAAAACAUGCCCUUGUCCAUACUCGUCACACCACUGCUCAAUCCAUCAAAUCAGUCAAUUCGGCUCCAUUCGGUUCUGCUUCCGUCAUUCCUGUUUCUUAUUCAUAUAUCAAAAUGCUUGGGGCAAAUGCAUUACCAUACGUUUCGACAAUUGCCAUGUUGAAUGCUAAUUAUAUGUUAAAACGUCUCAGUCCACACUUUGAUAUCCUUUUCAUCGACCCAGAAGCAUCCGCUUCAAGUGGAUUAAAACAUUGUGCUCAUGAGUUUAUUUUAGACUUACGUGAAUUCAAACCCGCCGGUAUUGAGGCCAUUGAUGUCGCCAAGAGAUUACAAGAUUAUGGAUUCCAUGCACCAACCAUGUCCUUCCCCGUUGCUGGGACUUUGAUGAUUGAACCGACCGAAUCGGAAUCACUUGAAGAAUUGGACCGGUUUGUGGAUUCGUUGAUUGCGAUUAGGGGUGAGAUUGAUGCAUAUAUCAAGGGAGAAGGAUUGGGACAGGCUUUGAAGAAUGCUCCUCAUUCGAUGGAAGAUGUUGUUAGUGGUACUGAUUGGGAAACGAGGGGAUAUAGUAGAGAACAGGCGGCAUAUCCUUUGGAAUUCUUGAGGGAGAAGAAAUGUUGGCCAACGGUUGCGAGAUUGGAUGAUACUUAUGGUGAUAUGAAUUUGAUGUGUACUUGUCCUACUGUGGAAGAAAUUGCUGGUGAGUAA